CUCGCUAUCAGUGCUGGAAAAAAGACUUUGAGAAACUGCAGCGAUGUCAGUACAGGUUGUGGCAGCGAAAAUGGCAGAGGUCGAACUCAAAGACGUUUCCACCGGCAAAGACUUGUCUGUCGAAUCCCCUUUGACACCAAUGUCUGACGACAAGACCAUCGCCAAAAGCGACCCGCACGAGGCCGGUUCCCCUGCCGCUACGUCUCCUACCGCGGAGCCCUCCGCGAAAGCCGGGGAAGGCAGUCUGGGCUUGCUCAGUCCGAACGCCGCGAAGCUUCCUCAAGCGUCGGCUAUGAAGCGUUCAGACCCACAACAGAACGGUGGGGAAGCAUUUGUCAACCGCGAUGGCACUGUUGCCGAGGCUCCGCGGAUGAAAAAGAUCCAGUUUGCCGACCAAAAACAAGAGUUCAACAAGCGACCCUCCAAGAUCGGCCGGCGCUCUCUUUCCCGCUCCAUCUCCCAGUCCUCCACAGACAGCUACAGCUCAGCUGCAUCAUACACGGACAGCUCAGAUGAUGAGACGUCUCCUCGGGACAAGCAACAGAAAAACUCUAAGGGCAACGGAGACUUCUGCAUCAAAAACAUCAAGCAGGCCGACUUUGGACGCAGAGAGAUCGAGAUCGCUGAGCAAGAGAUGCCGGCGCUGAUGGCUCUGAGGAAGCGAGCCCAGGGGGAGAAACCCCUUGCUGGUGCCAAGGUGGUGGGUUGCACCCACAUAACCGCACAGACUGCUGUGCUGAUGGAGACUCUGUCAGCUUUGGGGGCUCAGUGCAGAUGGGCAGCAUGCAACAUCUACUCCACCCAGAAUGAAGUGGCAGCUGCUCUGGCAGAGGGAGGUUUCAACGUAUUUGCAUGGAAGGGUGAGUCAGAGGACGAUUUCUGGUGGUGCAUCGAUCGCUGUGUGAACGUGGAAGGCUGGCAACCAAACAUGAUCCUGGAUGACGGUGGAGAUCUAACUCACUGGAUUUACAAAAAAUAUCCCAACAUGUUCAAGAAGAUCAAGGGCAUCGUAGAGGAGAGUGUUACCGGUGUGCACAGGUUGUACCAGCUGUCCAAGGCCGGGAAGCUGUGUGUUCCAGCCAUGAACGUCAACGACUCGGUCACCAAGCAGAAGUUUGAUAACCUCUACUGCUGCAGAGAGUCCAUCCUAGAUGGCUUGAAGAGGACCACUGACGUCAUGUUUGGAGGGAAACAAGUGGUGGUGUGUGGAUAUGGAGAGGUUGGAAAAGGCUGCUGUGCUGCCCUCAAAGCUAUGGGCUCCAUCGUCUACGUCACAGAGAUCGACCCCAUCUGUGCCUUGCAGGCCUGCAUGGAUGGCUUCAGGCUGGUGAAACUCAAUGAAGUCAUCAGACAAGUGGAUAUUGUCAUCACCUGCACAGGAAAUAAAAACGUUGUGAUGAGAGAGCACCUCGACCGCAUGAAGAACGGCUGCAUCGUCUGCAACAUGGGGCACUCCAACACAGAGAUCGAUGUGGCAAGCCUGCGGACUCCUGAACUAACCUGGGAGAGAGUGCGCUCUCAGGUGGACCAUGUCAUCUGGCCUGAUGGCAAGAGGAUAGUCCUGCUGGCAGAGGGUCGUUUGCUGAACCUGAGUUGUUCCACUGUACCCACUUUCGUGCUUUCUAUCACUGCAACAACUCAGGCCCUGGCUCUGAUAGAGCUAUACAAUGCCCCAGAGGGACGCUACAAGCAGGAUGUCUAUCUGCUGCCGAAGAAGAUGGAUGAAUAUGUGGCCAGCCUACAUCUCCCAACAUUUGAUGCACAUCUUACAGAACUAAGCGAUGAGCAGGCCAAGUAUCUGGGCUUGAACAAGAAUGGACCCUUUAAGCCAAACUACUAUAGGUAUUAAAGCAGUGUUGAGUGGGGUUACCUGAGAAAAUAUCAGUGCUCCAUGAAUCGCACAGACUCGCAGAGGGAGAGGAGGAGGAAAAGACAGAUGGACAGAAGAGUCAACUCACCUGCUUUACAUCUGGCGCAAGAAGGGAGGAGAGUGUGUGGUUUUCCCUGCGCUUAUGGCGGUCGUUUUAUUUAUUUCAUACAUGACCACAGUAAUAAUAGUAAUAAUGAUAAUAAUAAUAACUACUCUGUGGAGCUGCUCCUGCCAUUUGCCACUAGCUAGCUCCACUUCUUCUCCUGAAAGGUGUUGUACGUCCCUUCAACCUGUCAUUUCACCAUCAACAACUUUCUCUUUAGACGCUCAUUUAUGUGUCAAGUUGUGUGUAACUCCUCCAUCCUCCCUUUUCCUUUGCUAGACCUUUAUUUCUUUAUCUGUUAAAGAAUAAAUUACAGAUGCUAAAAGGAUAUAUACUCUAUAAAAACUUGAUUUAAAAAAAAAAAUGUGUGAAUGAAGAUUUAGUGAUGGACAAUUUUUCAUGUCCUUUUUCUUUUUUUUUUUGUUGUCAUUGUCUUUUCUACCUAUGAUUUUGUUUUCUCCUGUGUAACUUUUGUAAGGGUGGGACUAGAUUUAGUGGGAGGGUCUUGGGGUCCAAUCAUAUCUUGGAUUUUAUUUGAAUGAGAUUCAUGUUUGUUUUUGUUUUUAUUUUUUUAACGGUAUGACUGGGUGGCAACUGGUUCUUUCCACCUGUCAUUUAGACCCACAGUCAGCACGUUUACAUGACAAACAAAAAUAAAACGGUGUUAGUCAGACUAAAACUGGACUUUUUAAAUGAAUUUAACAUAAUGAUAUGACUGAAACCCCAAAGCCAAGCUAAGACAUCAUGUUAAAUCUGGGUGGAAGUUGGAAAACACCUUCAUGUACACACCAUGCUGAACUCAAAUGGGCCCAUGUACUCUGCACAUGCUCCAAAGUCUGCCCUUGUCUAAAGGCAUUAAAGCGUUAAGUAUAUAUUUAUACUAAAUUCCCAGUAAAGCUGCUCUCAUGCUCGUAUUUUACUGAUUCAUUGGCCAGGCAGAUAAACACAUCACAAACUGGGGCUGAAAAGCAGCCUAUUAGGAUCCUGUGUCAGCUCACGUUGACUUAAAUAAUUUCCAGACUUGCUUUUCUCUAAUAAAAUCCAGAUUUUGUUAUAAUGGUGGCAUCGUGUAACAAAAUUUUCUCAAGUGCAGUGAAUUUUUAUUACACGUACAAUGAUCUACAGAGAAAUUUAAAAGCAACAGAAUGUCUUCGUUUCUCCCCCCACAGUCCACGGCAUCGAUGUUGGACAUGUUUUUUGCUGAACAACUCAGUUCACUUACCUUGCAUGUAUACUGGGAGAAGAACGCGGUCCAUUUAAAUCUUUGCUCAGCCCAACUGUGCAUGUAAUGGUGCUGAGUGAAAUCCACCUGAUCGGCUGCUCUUCUCCUGGCUUCCGGCUGCAUAAACAUGCCAGUGUUAAAAGAAAUGAAGAGUAUUUAACCUUUACAUUUAGACUUUUCCUUUAACAAUAACUGACUCUGUAUUAGAAGCAUGGCUGAUCGUUAAAUCAUGACAAUGGUAUACUGUAUAUUUAGAUAUUUAUAUAGAAUUUAAGAUAUUUCUAUCUUUUUUUUUCUCUCCUGCACCAUCUUAUAUUAUUUUUAUCAGAAUCAACACAUCACACAAUGCGAUUCAGUAUUCUAAUGAUCUGUGUAAUAAAUAUACUCAAACCUGUAUUUUUUAAAUACUAUGAUAGAAUAUUUACAGAACAUUAAAAACAAGGUGUUGCCAGGUUGAUACUGAAGCAGAUGUCUUCUAUCAGGUCCUUCAAUGAAAAAUAAUUAAUAUGGUGCUGUUUUAAUGUACUUGUCAUACACAAACGCAACAGAUCAGGUACCUGCCAGUGUAGAUUUAAUAAAAUUUUAAAACAUCACUAUUCAUGAAUGUAGUUUGGCCUCAAUAGUGGGCCGUUGAAGGUUUUUGUUCUGAUCGCAGCAGCUCGUCUCCAUGCUAAGCUGAUGGUUGAUGAUGUUGGUCAUGAUGCUGAUUUCACCAAAUGGCUAAAUGCAGCCUGUUUCUGUACCAGCUCUUAGCCUCGACCAUUCAUUUUCUGCCUGCUCGAUUUUGUAAGGAAGGCACCUUAAGCUAAACAAACAAAAACAAAACAAAAAAAAAUAUUCAUACAACAGUAAAUUAUCCAUAUCUGGACAUUUGUUGUACUGUGCUGCACAUGGAAAAACAAUUCCACCUUUCAAGCAGAUGGCACAAAAAC